UCCGGCGAGUUCCGGACGUGCACGCAUCGCCACACAAAGUUUCCAGUCAGCGGCGCUGGGCGGCUGAGGUCCGCUGAGCUGGAGGUGGCCCCGCCAAGAAGUGGGUGUGAGUGGGUUUUUCGGGAUUCCGGGAGACCCUUUCUGCCUACGCAGCUCGGACGCGGAAUAGCAAGGGAACUUUAAAAAAGCUAGUCGAGACGUACCAGGGCCAAGAUCUUCCCUGUGAGAGACCCCAAAGAGGACGGAUCUAGCCCCAGGGAAAUGCUGCGAGAGCAGAUCAGUCCGUGACCGGCAACUUUCGGGUAGACUUUGCAGUGGAGAACUACGCUUUGCCCCUUCUCGUUCUCCCAAGCCCAGCCAUCGUCGGUGUCCUGCGGUCCGGGAGAGCUCGGUCAGCUCCCCGCCCCAGCAGUGAGUGAAUUGAAUCGCCCGCCGGAUCCGGCGCCUCGGGGCUGAUGUGAGAGUCGCUCUUGGCCUGUCCAUCUUCUUUUCUCCCCGGAGGAAACAGCCCACUGUUCUCCACCCUCUGGGCGUCCCCGGCUCCGGGCGCCGAAACCAGCAGUUUGGCGGAGAGCCGGCUCUUGGAUGCUGAAGGCUGCACUCCUCCACUGUGGGUGCCAAGGCGGCGAUGGGUUUCCUCAAAGUGUGGCUCAGGGUGGCCGUAGCGUUGGCGGAAUUUGCAGUAUUGCUUCAUCAUUCUGAAGGUGCUUGUGUCUAUCAGGGUUCCUUGUUGGCGGAUGCCACAGUUUGGAAGCCUGAUUCAUGCCAAAACUGCCGUUGCCAUGGCAACAUCAUUAUCUGCAAACCUGUUGUUUGCAGAAACCCUCAGUGUGCCUUUGAGAAGGGAGAAGUGCUUCAAAUAGCUGCCAACCAGUGCUGCCCAGAGUGUGUAUCGAGGACUCCUGGAUCUUGCCACCAUGAAGAGAGAAUCCAUGAGCAUGGAACAGAGUGGGCCUCUUCCCCAUGUAGUGUGUGCUCUUGCACUCAUGGGGAAGUAAGGUGCACCCCCCAGCCAUGCCCACGCUUGUCAUGUGGACCCCAGGAGCUGGAAUUCAUCCCUGAAGGGAGCUGCUGCCCAGUCUGCGUGGGCCCUGGGAAACCCUGUUCCUAUGAAGGCCGUGUGUUUGAGGACGGGGAGGACUGGAGGCUGAGCCAGUGUGCCAAGUGUGUGUGCAGAAAUGGAGUCGUGCAGUGCUUCGCGGCUCAGUGCCUGCCUCUGUUUUGUAACCAGGAUGAAAUUAUAGUCCGAGACCCUGGAAAUUGCUGUCCCCAAUGCUCUGCACAGUCCUGCUCUGUAGCUGGCCAAGUCCACAAGCAUGGUGAGCAGUGGACUGAAGAUGCCUGUACAACAUGUACCUGUGACCAGGGUGAGAUCAGAUGUCACACACAGGCCUGCCCACCCCUGAGAUGUGAGAAGGGUCAGAGCAGGGCUCGGCAUCAUGGACAAUGCUGUGAGGAAUGUGUGUCUCCCUUCGGAAGCUGCACAUCUAAUGGGAUUGUGCGGUACCAGGAUGAAAUGUGGAAAGGUUCAGCCUGUGAGUUCUGCGUCUGUGACCGUGGGCAGGUAACCUGCCAGACUGGAGAGUGUGCUAAGGUGGAGUGUGCCCAGGGAGAAGAAUUAAUUCACUUAGAUGGAAAAUGCUGCCCUGAAUGCAUUUCUAGGAAUGGCCAUUGUGUGUAUGAAGAAAAGGCAGAAUUUAUAUCCUCAAAUGCAGGUGAAAUUAAAUAUAUUCCAGAGGGUCACAAGUGGGAAGACGGUCCCUGCAGGGUGUGUGAGUGCCGGGGCGCCCAGGUCACUUGCUACGAGCCCUCUUGCCCGCCAUGUCCAGUGGCCACCGUAGCCCUGCAGGUGAAGGGACAGUGUUGCCCAGAUUGCACUUCAGUCCGUUGUCAUCCAGACUGCUUGACCUGCUCUCACUCUCCGGAUCAUUGUGACCUCUGCCAGGAUCCCACACAGUUGCUGCAGAAUGGACGGUGUGUGCACAGCUGCGGUCCGGGAUUUUACCAAGCUGGCAGUCUCUGCUUAGCCUGCCAGCCUCAGUGUUCCACGUGCUCCAGUGGGCUGGAGUGCUCCUCCUGCCAGCCUCCCCUGCUGAUGCGGCGUGGGCAGUGCGUGUCCACCUGUGGGGAAGGCUUCUACCAAGAUCGCCACUCCUGUGAAGGCUGUCAUGAGUCCUGUGCACGCUGCUGGGGCCCCACAGAGAAGCACUGCGUGGCCUGCAAAGAUCCCCUGCAAGUGCUGCGAGAUGGCAGCUGUGAGAACAGUUGUGGUGACGGUUUCUACAACAGGAAGGGGACCUGUGUUGCUUGUGACCAAUCCUGUAAGAGUUGUGGCCCCAAUAGUCCCAGAUGUCUUUCCUGUACUGAAAAGACAGUGUUGUAUGAUGGGAAAUGCAUUGCUGAAUGCCCGCGUGGGUACUACGCAGAUGCCACUGGCAGAUGCAAAGUUUGUCAUGACUCAUGUGCCAGCUGCUCCGGACCCUCAGCCUCUCACUGUACAGCCUGCAUCCAGCCCCAGGCUCUACAUCAAGGCCACUGUCUAUCCAGCUGUGGAGAGGGCUUCUACCCUGACCAUGGGGACUGCAAAGCCUGUCAUGCUUCCUGCCAGACGUGUGUGGGUCCAGAGCCCUCUCAUUGCACUCAGUGUCGGAAUCCAGAGGCAGGACUGCAAGCAGAGCAGCUCUCUGGGGCACACAUCCCCUCUGGCGAGUGUCUGUCCGAGUGUAGAGCCCAGUUUUACUUGGACAGCUCUGGGCUGUGUGAAGCUUGCCACCAGUCCUGUUUCAAGUGUUUGGGGAAAAGCCCUCAUAACUGCACAGCCUGCAGGCCUUCCCACGUGCUGCUGGAUGGGCGGUGCCUCUCCCAGUGCCCUGAGGGCUACUUUAACCAGGAAGGUAGUUGUACAGAAUGCCACCCGACCUGCAGGCGGUGCCAUGGGCCCUUGGAAUUUGACUGCACCUCUUGUCACCCUCAUGUCACUGUUACCAAUGGGAAGUGUAAGACCAGUUGCAAGGAAGAGCAGUUCCUCAAUCUCGUGGGGUACUGUGCUGACUGCCAUCCCCUGUGCCAGCACUGUGUAGCUGAUCUCCAGGACACUGGGAGCGUCUGCCUGAGGUGCCAGAAUGCCCGCUACCUGCUGCUAGGGGACCACUGUGUUCCUGACUGCCCUUCUGGAUACUACGCAGAGAGGGGAGCUUGUAAAAAAUGCCACUCCUCCUGCAGAACCUGCCAGGGCGGAGGACCUUUCUCUUGCUCCUCGUGUGACGCCAACCUCGUUCUGACCCACAUUGGCACCUGCAGCACCACUUGCUUCCCUGGGCACCAUCUCGAUGACAACCAUGCUUGCCAGCGUAGGUGUUUUAAGUGUGAUUGGAGUUGCAAUGCAUGCAGUGGUCCUCUGAGAACUGACUGCCUGCAGUGCAUGGAUGGCUACGUUCUCCAGGAGGGUGCCUGCGUGGAGCAGUGCUCGCCAUCUUUCUACCGGGACAUGGGCCUCUGCAAGAGCUGUGAUAGUCACUGUCUCCAGUGCCAGGGGCCCCAUGAGUGUACCCGCUGUGAAGGGCCAUUUCUCCUCUUGGAAGCCCAGUGUGUCCAGGAAUGUGGGAAGGGGUACUUUGCAGACCAUGCAAAGCACAUAUGCUCAGCCUGCCCCCAGGGCUGCUUGCAGUGUAGCCACAGAGACCGAUGUCACCUCUGUGGCCAAGGGUUCUUUCUGAAGAAUGGCCUCUGUGUUUCCAACUGCAUUCCUGGCUUCUCUGCCCACUCUUCUAAUGAAACAUGUUCUGGCAAGAUGCACACUCCCAGCCUUCAUGUGAAUGGCUCCUUGAUCCUUGCAAUUGGUUCAAUGAGGCCACUGGACUUUUCCCUCCUGAACAUCCAACACCAGGAUGGCAGGGUAGAAGACCUCCUAUUCCAUGUUGUGAGCACUCCCACCAAUGGUCAGCUGGUGCUCUCAAGAAAUGGAAAAGAAUCUCAGCUGGACAAGGCUGGCCAUUUUAGCUGGAAAGAUGUGAAUGAGAAGAAAGUGCGCUUUAUACACAGCAAAGAAAAGCUCAGGAAAGGUUACUUUUCCUUGAAAAUUAGUGACCAGCAGUUCUUCUCUGAACCACAACUGAUCAACAUACAAGCGUUUUCAACACAGGCCCCAUAUGUGCUGAGAAAUGAGGUUCUCCACAUUAGCAGAGGAGAGCGGGGAACCAUCACCACCCAGCUCCUUGACAUUCGAGAUGAUGACAAUCCCCAGGAUGUGGUCAUCGAAGUACUUGAUCCUCCACUUCAUGGCCAAUUACUCCAAACUCUUCAGUCCCCCACAACCCCUAUCUAUCAUUUCCGGCUGGAUGAACUCUCCAGGGGCCUGCUCCUCUAUGCUCACGAUGGCUCAGAGAGCACAUCUGAUGUUGUGGUCUUGCAGGCCAAUGAUGGACACUCCUUCCAAAAUAUACUAUUUCAUGUGAAGACUGUGCCCAAGAAUGAUGGAGCACUUCGGCUUGUAGCUAAUUCGAUGGUAUGGGUUCCAGAAGGGGGGAUGCUGCAGAUUACCAACAGAAUCUUACAGGCUGAAGCUCCAGGUGCCAACGCUGAAGAUAUUGUCUACAAGAUUACACAAGACCACCCCCAGUUUGGGGAAGUGGUCCUUCUGGUGAAUAUGCCUGCGGACAGUCCUGCAGACCAAGGGCAGCACCUGCCUGAUGGGAGGACAGCAACCCCCACCAGCACCUUCACCCAACAGGACAUCAAUGAAGGCAUUGUGUGGUACAGGCACUCGGGAGCCCCAACCCAGAGUGACUCCUUCCACUUCCAGGUGUCCAGGGCCACAGAUGCUCAGGCCCACCUGGAGAGCCGCGUGUUCAACAUUGCAAUCUUACCGCACACGCCGGAGGCACCAAAGCUCUCUCUGGGAACAUCUCUCCAUAUGACUGCUCGAGAAGAUGGCCUGACUGUCAUUCAGCCUCAUGCCCUGUCCUUUGUGAACUCGGGGAGGCCCAGUAGAAAGAUUAUAUACAAUAUCACUAGACCCCUGCAUCCAAAUCAUGGUAUCAUCGAGCACAGGGACCAGCCUCACUCACCCAUCCGGUAUUUCACACAGGAAGAUGUUAACCAGGGGAAAGUCAUGUACCGCCCUCCCUCUGCAGCUCCCCACCUUCAGGAGAUCAUGGCCUUCUCCUUUGCUGGUCUCCCAGAAUCAGUGAAAUUCCACUUCACGGUUUCAGAUGGAGAGCACACUAGUCCAGAGAUGGCCCUCACCAUUCAUCUCCUUCCCAUGGAUGGACAACCGCCAGCGUUCCAGGUCACAGCUCCCGUGCUCCAGGUCAGCCCAGGAGGCCGCACUUCUCUAGGCCUCCAGCUGGUAGUGAGAGAUGCUGAGACAGACCCUGAAGGACUCUCCUUCGACCUCCGGAAACCUCCAAAGCAUGGUGUUCUGCUUAAGCUUAUGUCUGGGUUCCAAGAACCCAUGGCCACAGGUGACACUUUCACAUAUGAUGAUAUGAAGAGAAACGCUCUGCAGUAUAUCCAUGAUGGUUCCUCUGUCUGGGAAGACAGCAUGGAGAUCUCAGUGACAGAUGGCUUCACAGUGACCACGUCAGAAGUGAGAGUGGAGGUGUCCCUAUCAGAGGGCCAAGGGCCGCGGCUGGCUGCCGGUUCCUCCCUGAGCAUCACUGUUGCUAGCCAAAGCACAGCCAUGAUCACCAGGUCGCACCUUGCUUAUGAGGAUGAUUCUUCCCCCGACUCAGAGAUCUGGAUUCAGUUAAGUUCUCUGCCCAUGUAUGGUGCUCUCUUAAGGACCUCAGGAUCUGAGGUGGAGGAACUCUCAGAGGUUUCCAAUUUCACCAUGGAGGACAUCAACAACAAGAACAUUAGAUACUCAGCUGUAUUUGAGACAGAUGGUCAUGUGGUUACUGACAGCUUCCACUUCUCUGUCUCUGACAUGGACCACAACCGUCUGGACAAUCAGAUAUUUACCGUCACAAUCACUCCUGCCAAGAGUCCACCUCCAGUCAUCGCUUUCGCCGACCUCAUCACGGUCGAUGAGGGAGGGAGAGCCCCACUCUCCUUUCACCAUUUCUUUGCGACUGAUGAUCAUGAGAACCUCCAGGGAGAUGCCAUCAUUAAGCUAAGCGCAUUGCCCAAAUAUGGCUGCAUUGAGAACAGAGGAACAGGUGAUCGUUUUGGCCCCGGAGCUACCAGUGACCUAGAGGCAUCAUUCCCUAUUCAAGAUAUCCUAGAAAACUACAUUUACUACUUUCAGAGUGUUCAUGAAAGCAUCGAGCCAACACAUGACAUUUUUAGUUUUUAUGUGAGUGAUGGAGCCAGUCGCUCGGAAAUUCACAGCAUCAACAUCACCAUUGAGAGGAAGAACGAUGAGCCUCCCAGGAUGACCUUGCGGCCCCUUGGAGUACGGCUGAGCUCUGGAGUGGUGAUAAGCAAUUCUUCUCUGAGCCUGCAAGACCUGGACACCCCAGAUAAUGAGCUGAUUUUUGUAUUGACAAAAAAGCCCAACCAUGGUCAUCUACUCCGGAGACUUACUGCUUCUGAGCCUCUAGAGAAUGGGACAGUUUUAGCCCAUGGUUCCUCCUUCACCUACCAGGAUGUCCUGGCUGGGCUGAUUGGGUACAUGCCUAGUAACUCUGGUAUAGCAGUGGAUGAGUUCCGUUUCUCGCUCACUGAUGGCCUCCAUGUGGACACAGGGAGGAUGGAGGUCUACAUAGAACUGCCCACAAGUGAUACUCCCCGAUUGGCUGUGAACCGAGGCCUACAGCUCUCAGCAGGAUCUGUAGCCCGCAUCACAGAACAGCACCUGAAAGUGACAGACACUGACUCAGAUGACCGUCAGGUUAUGUACAUCAUGAAGGAAGAUCCUGGUGCAGGACGCCUGCAGAAGGUUAAGCAUGACAGCCUGGAGCAAGUCUCUGUGAAAGGUCCCAUCCGAAGUUUCACUCAGGCAGACAUUAACCAAGGGCAGAUAGAAUUCAGUCAUGGAACAGGAGAACCUGGUGGGAGCUUUGCUUUUAAAUUUGAUGUGGUUGAUGGAGAAGGCAACAAAUUGACCGACCAGUCAUUUUCCAUCAGUAUUUUAGAGGACAAAUCCCCACCAGUGGUCACAAACAAUAAAGGGCUAGUCUUGAAUGAAAACUCAGUGAAGAAAAUCACCACUCUCCAGCUCUCAGCCACUGACCAGGACAGUGAGCCUGCAGAAUUGAUCUACAGAAUCACCAGGCAGCCGCAGCUGGGCCACUUGGAACAUGCAGCAUCCCCGGGUAUCCAGAUUAGUUCCUUUACUCAGGCUGACCUGACUUCACGAAACGUUCAAUAUGUCCAUUCUAGUGAGACGGAGAAGCAUUCUGAUGCCUUCAGCUUUGUGCUGUCUGAUGGAACCAAUGAGGUGUCUCAGACUUUCCAUAUCACUAUUCACCCUGUGGACGAUUCGCUGCCUGUGGUACAGAACAGGGGGAUGCGGGUGCAAGAGGGCGUGAGGAAGACCAUCACGGAGUUUGAGCUCAAGGCGGUGGAUGCAGACACAGAGGCUGACUCUGUCACCUUCACCAUUGUGCAGCCACCACGCCACGGCACCAUUGAGAGGACCACCAGGGGGCAGCAUUUCCACCUCAGCUCCACGUUCACCAUGGAAGACAUCUACCAGAACCGGAUCAGCUACAGCCAUGAUGGCAGCAACUCCCUGAAAGACCGCUUCUCCUUUACUGUUUCUGAUGGGAAGAACCCCUUCUUUAUCAUUGAGGAAGGAGGAAAAGAGAUCAUGACAGCAGCACCUCAGCAGUUCCGAGUGGACAUCCUCCCAGUGGAUGAUGGCACUCCUAGGAUAGUCACCAACCUGGGACUACAGUGGCUGGAGUAUAUGGAUGGCAAGGCAACCAACCUGAUCACUAAGAAAGAACUGCUGACCAUGGACCCAGACACGGAGGACUCCCAGCUUGUCUAUGAGAUAACAACGGGCCCCAAGCACGGCCACGUGGAGAACAAGCUGCAGCCGGGCAGGGCUGCUUCCACCUUCACCCAGGAGGAUGUGAACUUGGGGUUGAUUCGUUAUGUGUUGCAUGAGGAGAAGAUCCACGCGCUGAUGGACAGUUUUCAGUUUUUGGUGAAAGACAGUAAGCCCAAUGUGGUCAAUGAUAAUGUCUUCCAUAUCCAGUGGUCCCUCAUCAGCUUUAAAUACACCAGCUACAAUGUCAGUGAGAAGGCAGGGUCUGUCAGCGUCACUGUGCAGAGGACGGGGAACCUGAACCAGUAUGCCAUCGUCCUGUGCCGCACUGAACAAGGCACAGCCAGCUCCAGCUCCAGGGUCAGCUCCCAGCCUGGACAGCAGGACUACGUGGAGUAUGCUGGCCAGGUACAGUUUGAUGAGCGAGAAGAUACCAAGUCCUGCACCAUCGUCAUCAAUGAUGAUGACGUGUUCGAGGGUGUUGAGAGUUUCGCUGUGGAGCUCAGCCUGCCAGCAUAUGCCCUCUUAGGGGAGUUCACCCAGGCGAAGGUCACCAUCAGUGACACUGAGGACGAACCCACGUUGGAGUUUGAUAAGAAGACCUACCGGGUCAACGAAAGUGCUGGGUUUUUAUUUGCACCUAUUGAAAGAAAAGGUGAUUCAAGCAGCAUCGUAUCUGCAAUUUGCUACACGGUCCCUAAGUCUGCUAUGGGAAGUAGUCUCUAUGCUCUAGAAUCAGGCUCUGAUUUUAAGUCUAGAGGGAUGUCUGCUGAGAGUCGGGUGAUAUUCGGGCCUGGUGUCACCAUGUCCACCUGUGACGUCAUGCUUAUUGAUGACAGCGAGUAUGAAGAGGAAGAGGAGUUUGAGAUUGCCCUGGCUGAUGCUUCUCACAAUGCCCGCAUCGGAAGGGUGGCAACAGCCAGGGUGCUCAUUAGUGGUCCCAAUGAUGCCUCCACGGUCUCCCUGGGCAACACAGCUUUCACUGUCAGCGAGGAUGCAGGCACCGUAAAGAUUCCAGUUAUCCGCCACGGUACUGACCUUUCUACUCUCACAUCUGUCUGGUGUGCAACACGGCCCUCUGACCCAGCUUCUGCUACUCCGGGAGUUGACUACGUCCCCAGCUCUAGGAAGGUGGAAUUUGGGCCAGGUGUCACUGAGCAGUUCUGCACCUUGACUAUCUUGGAUGAUACCCAGUAUCCGGUAAUUGAAGGACUGGAGACAUUUGUGGUUUUUCUGAGCUCAGCACAAGGAGCUGAACUGACCAAACCCUUCCAGGCUGUCAUUGCAAUUAAUGACACAUUCCAAGAUGUGCCAAGCAUGCAGUUUGCUAAGGAUUUGCUCCUAGUGAAGGAGAAAGAUGGUGUCCUGCAUGUUCCUAUCAUUCGGAGCGGAGACUUGAGCUAUGAGUCAUCAGUGAGAUGCUACACUCAGGGCCAUUCAGCUCAGGUCAUGGAGGACUUUGGGGAGAGAAGAAAUGCAGAUUCUUCACGGAUUACAUUUCUGAAAGGGGAGAAGGUAAAGAACUGCACGGUCUAUAUCCAUGAUGACUCCAUGUUUGAGCCCGAGGAGCAGUUCAGGGUCUACCUUGGCCAUCCUCUUGGAAACCACUGGAGUGGAGCCAAAGUUGGAAAAAAUAACAUGGCCACCAUCACCAUAUCCAAUGAUGAAGAUGCACCCACCAUUGAGUUUGAAGAAGCUGCAUACCAAGUCCGGGAACCCGCAGGACCAGAUGCCAUUGCAAUUCUGAACAUCAAGGUGAUCCGAAGAGGGGAUCAGAACAGGACCUCCAAGAUUCGCUGUAGCACUCGGGAUGGAUCUGCCCAGUCUGGUGUGGAUUAUUACCCAAAGAGCCGAGUCUUGAAAUUCAAUCCUGGUGUGGAUCACAUCUUUUUUAAAGUGGAGAUUCUGUCCAAUGAAGACCGGGAAUGGCAUGAAUCCUUCUCUCUAGUCCUUGGCCCCGAUGACCCAGUGGAAGCAGUUCUUGGGGAUGUGACUACUGCCACAGUGACAAUUCUAGAUCAGGAGGCAGCAGGAAGUCUCAUAUUGCCAGCGCCACCUAUUGUUGUCACCCUUGCUGACUACGACCACGUGGAAGAGGUUACCAAGGAAGGAGUCAAGAAGGCCCCCUCUCCGGGCUACCCUCUGGUCUGUGUCACACCCUGUGACCCUCACUUCCCCAGGUAUGCCGUCAUGAAGGAGCGCUGCAGCGAGGCAGGCAUCAACCAGACAUCCGUGCAGUUCAGCUGGGAAGUGGCUGCCCCCACUGAUGGCAAUGGGGCCCGGUCUCCCUUUGAGACCAUCACUGACAACACCCCCUUCACCAGCGUCAACCACAUGGUAAGUCUGGUGGCCGGGCCAGGUUGGGGAGGAAGAGAAUUGCUGAAUCCCUUUAUUACUCUGAUUCUGUCAAAUUCCUUCAGAUUCAUGCAUGGCAUUUGGAAUAACACAAAUAAACAGAUAAGCCAGUCCACUACAGGUUUCACACAUUGCACCAGUGAAGCUGGUUCUCUUCCAAAAGAGACAAAAGCAGUGGAGAAAUUGUACAUGGCAAACUGCAGGGGAAGGAAGAUUGCUAAAUUCAUUGGUGAAAACAGAUUUGUGAUGAAAAAGAAAUGCAUCCUACCGACUGUUCAGAGCAUGCAGAUAAACACUUGUUUCUGCCCUUUCUCCCCUAGAAUCCACAUUUCAGUGCAGAUCCCACACCAGGAUGGAAUGCUGCCUCUUAUCUCCACCAUGCCAUUGCACAACUUGCAUUUUCUAUUAUCUGAGUCCAUCUACAGACACCAGCAUGUCUGCUCCAAUUUAGUCACCACCCACGACCUGAAAGGCAUCUCAGAGGCAGGCUUCCUGGAUGAUGUGGUCUAUGACAGCACUGCCCUGGGUCCUGGAUAUGACCGCCCCUUCCAGUUUGACCCCAGUGUGCGGGAGCCAAAGACCAUCCAGCUAUACAAACACCUGAAUCUGAAGAGCUGUGUGUGGACCUUUGAUGCAUAUUAUGACAUGACGGAGCUCAUUGACGUCUGCGGGGGCUCUGUAACUGCUGACUUCCAGGUGAGGGACUCCGCUCAGUCCUUCCUGACGGUGCACGUGCCUCUCUAUGUGUCUUACAUCUAUGUGACCGCCCCCAGGGGCUGGGCCUCUUUGGAGCACCACACAGAGAUGGAGUUCUCCUUCUUCUAUGACACAGUCCUCUGGAGAACAGGAAUCCAGACAGACAGUGUGCUCUCUGCAAGGCUUCAGAUAAUAAGAAUCUAUAUUCGAGAGGAUGGCCGCCUCGUCAUUGAAUUCAAGACCCAUGCCAAAUUCAGAGGACAGUUUGUGAUGGAGCACCACACUCUCCCAGAUGUGAAAUCCUUUAUAUUAACUCCAGACCACCUAGGAGGAAUUGAAUUUGACCUGCAGCUCUUGUGGAGUGCUCAGACUUUUGAUUCUCCUUAUCAACUCUGGAGAGCCACAAGCUCCUAUAACAGGAAGGACUACUCUGGGGAGUACACCAUCUACUUGAUCCCUUGCACCGUGCAGCCCACCCAGCCAUGGACCGACCCAGGAGAGAAGCCCUUGGCCUGCACUGCACAUGCCCCAGAAAGAUUCCUGAUACCCAUUGCGUUCCAGCAGACCAACCGUCCUGUGCCCGUGGUGUAUUCACUCAAUACUGAAUUUCAGCUCUGUAAUAAUGAGAAGGUGUUCCUAAUGGAUCCCAACACAUCCGACAUGUCACUGGCAGAAAUGGAUUACAAAGGAGCCUUUUCAAAAGGUCAAAUCCUUUAUGGCCGAGUACUUUGGAAUCCAGAACAAAAUCUUAAUUCUGCUUACAAACUGCAGCUGGAGAAAGUCUAUCUUUGUACUGGCAAGGACGGCUAUGUGCCUUUCUUUGAUCCUACAGGAACAAUCUACAAUGAAGGGCCACAGUACGGAUGUAUUCAGCCCAACAAACACCUGAAACACAGAUUUCUGCUAUUGGACCGCAGUCAGCCAGAGGUCACUGAUAAGUACUUCCACGAUGUACCUUUCGAGGCCCACUUUGCUUCUGAGUUGCCCGAUUUCCAUGUGGUCAGCAGUAUGCCAGGUGUGGAUGGAUUCACUCUGAAAGUAGAUGCCCUCUACAAGGUGGAAGCAGGACACCAGUGGUAUCUCCAGGUGAUCUACAUCAUUGGCCCAGACACCAUCUCCGGACCCCGGGUCCAGCGUUCUCUCACAGCCCCCCUGAGGCGCCACCGAAGGGACCUGGUGGACCCCAGUGGCUGGCUGACCCUUGAUGAUUCCCUCAUCUAUGACAAUGAAGGGGACCAAAUCAAGAAUGGCACCAAUAUGAAGUCCCUAAAUCUGGAGAUGCAAGAGCCAAUUGUGGCUGCUUCUCUGUCCCAAACUGGGGCGUCCAUUGGCAGCGCCCUGGCUGCAAUCAUGCUUCUACUUCUGCUGUUUCUGGUGGCUUGCUUCAUCACCAGAAAAUGCCAGAAGCAGAGGAAGAAACAGCCCACGGAGGACAUUUUGGAAGAAUACCCUCUGAACACCAAGGUGGAUGUGCCCAAGAGGAACCAGGACAGGGUGGAGAAGAACGUGAACAGACAGUACUGCACUGUGCGGAAUGUCAACAUACUGAGUGACACGGAGGGGGCCUAUCCCUUCAAAGGUGCUAAAGUAAAAAAAUUGAAUCUGGAAGUCAGAGUCCACAACAAUUUACAAGAUGGAACGGAAGUUUAAUGGAGGAGACCCAUGUGUAUUUUUAUCUAAAAUCAUUUUUAUAAAACAGGGAAAUACUGGUAUUUUUAUAAUCUUGCAGACUUAAAAAAAAAAGGGAAAAUUAUAGCUUUGAGUGGCGGACGGUACACAUCACACACAUCGACUCAACUGAGCUACCUCGUGAAACAAAGAACCACUGAGACCCCCAGAGUACUGGAGUAGAGGUAGUCUGUGGACCCCUUUCACAGUCUCAGCAGCUACUAAGAGUACCUGUGAAAGGCUGAGCUUAGAAGCAAGUGUUUUAGCAUUAGGACAGGUGUUGGACAAUUAGGGUAACUGAUAGAAUUCAGAGGAUGUGGCAGAUCUCCCUGAGAGUGAGUGGGAUAUAGGACCUUUGGCUUCCUCCCCCUCCUCCAGUAUUCUCCUUCUUGGGCUUUUCAUGGACUCUGGACAAUAGAGUACCAAUUGCUGACACCCAGAUUCCAUUCAAAAAUCUACUGAUCAGCACAACAGCUCUAUUUGAACAUUGUUUCCCCCUGAUGGCCUAGUUGCCAUGACCUCUGAGUACAUUUUGCUUUUUCCAGAGUCUUUUACACAACUAGGAGUAUCCAUGUGCUUCAUACUAGAGGGCUUCUCUGCAAGUAUUUACAAAGGGGAGAGGACUGACCUGGGGAAUGUAGGGACCUGGUCUUGAAGCAGGAUGCUACACAACAGAUCCAGUGCACCCUGGCCUUUGUAUGCCAUGGAUGCCUAAAAAUCAUGAACAACACUUUCCUGCUACCCCAGGCUUUGCCCAGUCCAGUAAUAGACAAGCACACAUGCUUUGCUAGCAGUGGGUAUUUAAUUUUAUUAGCAUUUUAGGGAAGCAAGUGAUUUAUUUGAAUAAAACAAGAGGAAGCCCAGGUUGGAGUGAAAUCAGAAUAAACAGAUGUACAUUGGUCCUCUUGCUGUCUGUCACCCAGGAGAUGCAGGCACUGUCCCUGGUGCAGGAUUUCAGGGAUUUCUCUUUGGGGGUUCUUUUCUGGUAGCUCAGGCACUUAUUUUUACCAUAUCAGCACGUGACAAGGCCAUAAACAUGUGGCUUUAAAAUAAUUUAGCGUUCACAUAUCAGCUUACCUAUUCUGUGUGUGGUGUGUUCAUGGCUUGCCUUUGCUUCUCUUUUAUUUCUGCCUUUUUGGCAAAAACAUAAGCAUGCAUGUCAUGUUGUUUUGAACUAGAGGCACAGUUUCAUUAUUCAAGAGUAAAACACAUGCUCUCUUCCUGAUGCAUGGCACACCCUCGUCACUGAGCAAAUGACAGACCGUUCACGUUGUGUAAUGUUUGUGUUAGAAUUUCUGAGUCAAGCUCUUUGAGAACAUUCCAGACUGGAAACACUGUGGUAUUCAAACCUAAACAGAAUGAACCAUGAAAAGUUUUAGGCAGCUCUAUCAGACUCCAAGCUCCUUGAGAGCCGGACCUGCAUGAGCCACACCUUUUCAUUCUUCCGCAGUACCUGUCACAGGCAGGCACACCAGAAGUGUUUGUCAAGUGAGUGAGUGAACAGUGCAAUGGGUGAGAGAUAGAGGAAUAAAUUUAGAAGGAGAAGGUGAGAGAGUAUGGUUGGCAAAAUGACAAGGGUGAGUAGAGAAUUUACUUGGAUUAUGAAAUGACACUCUUCACUGGGUCAAAGAAACACUGCUUUACCUAGGUAUGACUGGCAGUGAUCCUUAGGAGGCAUGAACAGAAAGUUUGAAUAAUGUACCCAGAACAGGAGAGUAAAGGCAAAGUCUGACUUCAUGUUCUAAGGUGAGCGUAAGGUUCUCAAGAUGAAUUGGGGUGAGCCCAGAAAUUCCUGAUUGGAGAGAUGCUACUUCAGACCAGCUUGGGCCAUUCAGGCAGAACUUCUGUCUCAGCUUCAGAACAUCCAGACUUGGUGUCUCACGGCUGGAGAGCUGAUUAGCCUGGCACGAAGUCUUCUCCAGAACAGCCUAGAGGGUGAAUGCUAAUUCUGCAAGGACAGGGAGCCAGUCAUCUGGAGAGCAGCAUUCCAUUUGGCCCGUUACUAGUCACUGCUCUGAGUGCCAAGAUGCUCACACAUUAAAGCAGCACAUUUCCUUUGCUCAGAUGUUCUUCUCGCACACCCCUUCCAUUACUACUGAAUAGGACAUGUGUUUGGGGAGAUUGCAGACAGUUGGCAGAAUGAAACUAGUGUGGGGAGGGAGACGGAAGCCUGAGAGUGCUCCUGGCAGCCUCCACACACAGGGUGUAAAUUGACAAGGGCAACAUCGGUGAGGACCUGGGGGGGAUGAAUUUUGUGAAGAGAAAGCCUUGCAAUAUUCCUGCCUCCCUUUCUUUCUGCCCUUCACCCCGUUAUGUACACAUUUUGGAAUGUCAGUACUUCUCUAGUGAAUGCGUACUUGUUAAAUAAAAAUUGUUAAGAGAUGGGGAGUUGAGAUUCACCCCUUUGAUGUAGAAGUGUUCAAUUCAUUUACAUUUUAUGCUUCAUCUUAGGGAUCAGAUAAUUUGAUGACUAACGUGGAUUAUAUUUCAAGGAAAGCUUUGCUUUCCAUUUCUCUGACUUGCUCACUAAUGCCUUGUGUGUGUAUGUGUGUGUGUGUUACUAACCUUUUAUAUCAUGCCUUCAGGUGAGAAGGAACAAAAAAACCCUCAGGGGUUGCUACUCACUAUCAUAUGCCGGCUGUGAAGGUUAAAAGAAAUAAUGGUCUGAACCAUUUUUCUGCCUUGCUGCCCUUUUAUAGUACCCCAGGCCUCCUGCAGGACUCCUGCAGAUCCCUAUUGUUGGAUGGGAAAUAGUGUGGAAUGUGUUUGCACAGUUUUAUGAUAUUCAGUCUCAGACCCCAAUAGGUAUUUGUUAUUCUUGGAUCCUACACACCUGCUCAGACUGAGUAAAACAUUUGUGGUGCUGUCAACCUGAUUUCUUGAUCCUCAAAUGAUUUUUUUGUAUUUCUAAUAUGAAUUUGUGUGUUAUGAAUUUCUGAUUUCUCCAAUACCAUAUGCCACUAUAUAAAUUUGUAUUAAUAAAUAACAGUCUGGUUGGUU